AUGAUGAAUAAAAAGAAAUUAUUUUUAUUUGUUUUAUUCUUAUUACUAUUAUUAUUAAUUAAUAAUAUAAGUAGUAAAUCAUUAAAUUCAUAUUAUUUAAUUGAUAUUGAUAGAAAUUUCUCAUUAAAUAAUAAUAGUUAUUGUUCAAAUAUAUUAAUUAACAAAAAUUUAUAUUAUAUUCCAAAUCAAUGUCACAAACAUGUUUUAUGUAAUCGAUAUAAUUGUGAUGAUAAAUCAUAUCGUUGUAUUAAAAUUCGUGAAAUAUUAUGUUGUUUAUAUAAAUAUAUUCAAAAAUAUUGUCAAAAAGAUAAUUUAAAAGAACAAUUUCGUUUUAUUUAUUUUCAUAUAUCAAUUCAACAUGGAUAUUGUGAAAUAAAUUUAGAACGUAUUGAACAAAAUGAUCAAUCAUAUUGUAUUUCAAAUAAUAUUGAAACAACAACAACAACAAUAUCUUUAUCUCAUUUAUCUUUGAAAUAUUUUCAUCGUUAUUAUUCUCGUUCAACUUCACAAUUAUCAAAUAUUAAUUAUUUACGAUAUGAUACAACAACUAUUACAUCAAAAUCUUCUUUUAUAUGUGUAAAUUUUAUCAUUUUAUUAUUAUCAAUAUUAUUAUAG